GGGACCUUCUGCCUGCGUUGCGGCCAUUGAACGACCGCUGAUAGCCACCGCUCCCUGUUUGGCAGGUGCAGUGGGUCGCUCCGCCGCCUCCUGGACUCGACCUCGACUUUGGCCGCCUCGAUAGAGAGUAUUGGACUCAUUUUAUGCACGAUGGUGGCAUUCAUGUGGCCAUCUUGUCAAUGGUGCCCGAAAAUCGCACGCAGGCUCGCGCGGAACAUCACUGUUCAAGCAGUGGUCGCCCUGCUGCCACGUAGCAUUGAAGGCGGGCACCCAUGGCUGACUGAACGCAUGAAGGCUCGACCUAUCGCAUAUGGUUCACAGGACGCCGCGCGGGCACAGAUUAGUGCAUGUUUCAAAUCCAUAAUCCCGUUCCAUAAGUUUGGAAUACAAGGCGGAAAUUCUCCUGGAGGUUGGGGGGUCACAGGACUAGGCGCCCGCCACUCGUACCAGGGCUUUCUGCAUCUUAGCAACGGGUUCCUGUUUCGGGCGUUUAGCUCGUCGCCUAAUCAUUGACUCCUGGACCAUGCCCUGAUGGGAAUAUUGGCGACCUCGCUUAACGAACGGUAUUUAACCCGCCUCAAACCUGGGCUCGCCCACUAAAUCGCACUCUCUCCCCGGCCUCUACUCCCUCAACUAGUCAUAUCUAGUGCUGUCUUCAAUCUCAUACCUCCCCCUAUCUCACGCUAUAUCGUUACUCUGAUUGCUCCUCGAUGCGCCCUCCUGGAGAGAAAUCGGGCGUUGACAAUCCCGCGCGGAUCAAUCCUCGAGACACCGGCUCGACCAGGUCGACCAUUACCCCCCUUAACCCCAAUAGCGAGUACCCCAGCUCGAGCGAGAAGAUGUUCGGCUCCUCUCCAUCCUCACGAGCAGGAGUCCCGAUUCCUGGCCGCAAGCGCUCUGAUAGUAGUUCGCAGGCAAAUGGAUGGGAGAAAGCUUCUCUUC